AUGAUUGGCGUUCUCAGCCAGCUGAUCAUUGACAAUAUGGAGGUGCAGCGUUGGUUGUUUAAAGUGAAUGAUGGGUCUGGAGGAAAUGGCACUGCCUACUGUGAUAUUAUUGCACAUUUGAAAUGCUACCACUGGGUUCAAGAGGAACGUCAGAGAUAUGGCUCUGAGAUAUGGAGUAAGAAGUGGGCACAUGAGCCAGCUUUGGUGAAGAUCUCCCAGGAGCUGCCGGGCCUUUUAGCACAGCACGUACAGCCAGUCAAUGAGAAACGAUUCCCUACAUGGGAAAAAUUCCUCCAAACAUUUCUUACUCAAGGUGGUGUGAUAGAAGCCUUCCCUCUCUCAGAAAAUGUCACAAACCUUACGGUGGAUAUGCUGAUAGAGCCAACAGGCAAGAUAAAAAUAGUGUCAUCUGGAGACCAGCUCCAUGCUGACGGUCCUUUGCGAUCAUCUGGCACUACCAUUCCACAAUGUUCUGUUGAUCCAGGAGUUCUUAAUUCACUCUGCUUAAAAAUUGGAGAAACCUGUAAAUCUAAAGGAGUGCUUGGUUACUUCUCAGUGGAUUUUGUGACUUUCAUCCACCCACAAACGAUGGAGCAGCAGGUAUGGGCAACAGACCUUGACCUUUGCUAUAGUGACCAGCUGGCCUUGACUCAGCUCAUGUUGUACGUGACAGAUGGAAAUCUGGAUUGUCACUCCGGCCGCUUUGAGGUGGCUCUCCGUUCGAAGCCAAUGAAAAGCCAGCCUGUUCAGCGUGAGGAGGCAAAAACCCUUUCUCCAAUAAGCAACCGGUGUGCAGUAGCAAGCUGUCAGCUGAGGCACUCCAGCCUCUCAGUGAUCUCCUAUAGUGUUCUCCUCCAGAUGUGUAAAGCUCACGGUGUUGGAUUUGACCUCCAGGAAAAACAAGGAACAGUUUUUAUACUGUAUGAAGAUCAGAAGCGAUCCAGACUGGGAAUGCUAACAAUCGGAGAGGAUCUCCAGGGGGUCCUCCUGACCUUUGCUCGCAAUCUCUUCAUCAUCCAUCAAGAAAUAUCAGCACCUAAUAUGCAAGGCGAGACCAAUUUUAAGAUGGCAAUUAAAGAUAUUGAAGCCAUUCUAGGAAUUACAGCAGAAAACAAACUGAAAUUGGAAGAAGAGCAACCUUGGAAAGCAGAUGCUCUGAAAGAAUAGUUAACAGAAAAUGUUUAAGUGCCUUAUUCUUUAUGCUUCUGGAAACGUGUUCUCAUCUGUAAGAACAGGUUUGGUUUCCCUUCUGCAUUGGCACAUGAAGUGAUAUUAACUGAGACAUCUCUAUGGUUUCUGAGAGUGGUGUUUAGAAUAUCCCUUCCUUCACAAAAAUAAACUGCUGAAAAGCAG